AUGGGUGAUGAUAGACUGAGUGGAAUAUGCAUGUUGAGUGUUCAUAGAGAAAAAGUAAAUUCAGAUAAAGAAAAAUUUAUUGAAAAUGCACUGACACAAUUUGGUAGAGAAUGUCCACGGAGAUUGAAAUUUAUAUUUAAUGAAAAAGACUAA